AGAAAGCCUCUGCCUCGCUCUGAAGGUUUUAAAAAUUCGGGUUAUACUAAAGGAAGUUCUUCCUUGUAUUGCUCUCUAUUUUCCGCCGACGGCGAGGAUGCUACAGCAUCAGAUCGGUCAAUCUCCGGCGAGAUUAGGGUUAACAGGCCCUGGCUCUCCUUCCGUACAAAAUCUAACUCCUUCUCGUCAUGGUCAUCCAACCUCUUCUUCAUCCUCCCAAUCUCACCACCACCAACAGAUCCAACAACCUCCUAACCUCCCACCUUCCUCCUCCGCAGCCACAUCCUCAUCUUCAGCGGCUAUCUCCUCGUCCGCUUUGCUAUCGCUCCUUCCUCCUUUACCCCGAGCGCAAGCUCUCCUCCAGCAGAUGGCGGUUUUAACAUCUAAGCUCUUCGACGUCUCUCCCAAUCGCGCGCACUGGCUCUCCGCUUUCCGCGGCUCUCUCCCUUCGUUCCUCUCCUCGCACUCGUUACCUCCACCUCCGCCGCUCGAAAUCCCUAAUCCUUCGUCCACAAAGGAGAUCCUCUCUCUGUUCAAUUCCCUCCAGACGCAGCUCUUCGAAGCCGUUACGGAGCUUCAAGAGAUCCUCGAUCUCCAGGACGCGAAGCAGAAGCUCGCGCGUGAGAUCAAAUCCAAAGAUUCAUCUCUUCUCGCCUUCGCUAAUAAGCUCAAAGAAGCUGAACGCGUUCUCGAUAUGCUCGUUGACGAUUACUCCGAUUACCGCAAACCAAAACGAAGCAAAACACACGAAGAUGAUGAUGACGACAAUGAGUCUUCUUCAUCAUCCUCUGUUACCACCACAGUAACUUCUCAGCUCAAGCUUAAGGACAUCUUAGCAUACGCUCACAAGAUAAGCUACACAACAUUUGCUCCACCAGAGUUCGGUGCAGGGCAAGCUCCUCUCCGUGGAGCAUUACCACCAGCUCCACAAGACGAGCAAAUGAGAGCUUCUCAGCUUUACACCUUCGCUGAUCUCGACAUCGGUCUACCGAAAACCGUUGAGAACGUUGAGAAGAAGGUUGAAGCACUCAUGGAGCCACCACCACCACCUCCAGAUCUUUCUGCAAUUCAGGGCCUGCUUCCACCGAAUAUCGCAGUUCCUUCGGGGUGGAAACCGGGAAUGCCGGUGGAACUGCCGAAAGAUUGGCGUUUGCCAGCUCCACCUCCGGGGUGGAAACCGGGAGACCCUGUUGUGUUACCUCCUGAGUUGGUUCCUGCGCCUAGAGCUGCCCAGGAGCAGCAACAGAUGCGGCCUCCUCAGGGACUUCAUAGGCCGCCUGAUGUCAUACAUGUACGAGAGGUUCAGCUUGAUAUUUUGGAGGAUGAUAGCAGUGAAUACAGCAGUGAGGAGAGUUCAGACGACGAGGAGUAAUCAAACAUUAUGAUUCAUGGUUCUCUAUGUAAGGUAAUGAUUGACCUAUGUUACUGCUAGCUAGUUCUUGGUUGAAGUUUGAGUGACUAAUUGUCUCUAAAGGAUUUUCGCACCAAAACAUGGAUUCUAGUUCUGUUUACAAAAGAAUUAUUGCCUCUGUUCUAUAUUCAGACUUUAGCUUCAAUGAAUCUAAUAAAAGUUUCAACUUUC